AUGCCAACAGCGCUACAUAUGCCAGUACCAUGUUCCGAGUUAUCCUCAUCUUUGGUAACCACGUCAGCAAGUAGGAGGUCAGAAAGUAGGUCUUCAGAAACCAAAUCACCGGCUGUGAAACUAUUAACAAAAUCGCAACUCUCGCCUUCGGUGACUCUGAAAGCCCAACCAGUGGCUUGUACGAUACCUCACGAACAGCUACAUAGAUAUUUUCCAAGUCGGCUGGAGAGUCCGCUGGCAGUUCUCGCUUCUAAAGGACUAUUUCCCAACUUUCUUGGAUCACCAGAGUCUCUACUAGCCCAGACCUCCCACAGCGCCGGAGUUGUUCAUCCCAGUUUGUCUUUAGCCAUUUCCGAGCACCAGCUAGCCAUCCAGAAUGCCAUUUCCUUUGCGCAGUCUAGAGCUGUCAUGGAACAUAUAACUAGUCAUCCGCAUAUCCCUGCGGGACCUUUUGGACAGCUUCCGCAAUCACUUUCACUACAUCUUCAGCCCGGUCAACAGAAUCAACUGCGGCCCAGUACUGGCCACCAACAACUCUCCAUCCCGGACAUUCGUCAUCCUGUGCCACACUCAGAGAGACCAGUGUCUUUACAGGCAGCCCUCGCUCAUACCCAUUCCAGAGCACUUCUUGAGAGAAUCAACAACAAUCCUAUAAUCUCCCCAGUUAUUUCACUAGAGAACACAGCUGCACACAGUUACGGAAGAAAGAUCUUCCCUUGUCCACAAUGCCGCUACACAACUGACCGCAGGAAUAAUCUCAAGCGACACAUGCUGACUAUGCACCAGACCAGCUCCAAAAUGCUGGAAUGCUGCGGGAUCUUGUUCAACACUAAGGCUUCGUUAAGAGAGCACGCGAUGAUAUUCCACUACCACGGUUAUACCUGCUAUUUCUGUGGCCGGAGGUUUUGCAGAAAAGCCCUCCUUAAGCGCCAUUUGUCGGUCCACAACGGGCAGAAAGAUUUCGUGUGCAACGUCUGCGAUUACGCCACAUCCCACAAAAGCAAUCUGGAGCGCCAUCGAAAAGUCCACUCGCGACAGGAUGACGGCAGAGAUGGCGAUGACGGACCGCGUUACCAUGAUGACGAGCACCAAUACCACGACGAGGUCAAGUCCAACGGAAGUGAAGCCAUUAGUCACGAUGACGUCAGUAGCGAUGACCUCUCCGUGUGCUCAGAUUAUGAUGACGACAUUGACGUCGAAAUUAACGUUCACAGCGACUAA